AUGAGAAUUGCUGUUGAAGGCUGCCUGCAUGGCGAGCUGGACAUCGUCUACAACACGAUCAAGUUCAUCGAGCAGCAGCACAGCACAAAAAUCGACUUGCUUCUUGUUUGCGGCGAUUUUCAAGCGGUCAGGAACGAGGCGGAUUUGAAAUGCAUGGCCAUGCCGCCAAAAUACCGCGCAAUGCAGCAAUUUUGGAAAUAUUACAAGGGCCAGAAAAAAGCGCCAAUUAUGACUAUCGUUAUUGGCGGAAACCACGAAGCGAGCAAUCACAUGCAAGAAUUACCGUAUGGAGGAUGGCUGGCGGAGAAUAUUUAUUAUCUCGGUUAUGCAGGCGUCGUCGAAUAUGGUGGAAUUAGAAUUGGAGGCAUCAGUGGCAUUUACAAACAACAUGACUUCAAAAAAGGUCACUUCGAGUGCCCGCCAUACAACGAAGAUACGAUGCGUUCUGCUUACCAUACGCGCAAUGUGGACGUAUUUCGCCUCAAGCAACUCAAACUUCCACUGGACAUCGUCAUGUCUCACGAUUGGCCAUGUGGAAUCCACAACUUCGGCGAUUUGGAACUCCUCCUCAAGAAAAAGCCAUUUUUCCGAGAGCAAACUGAGCCUGGCGCUAGAAGUCAGCUUGGAAGUCCUGCCCAUGCGGAGCUUCUUUAUCAUUUGAGGCCGAAAUAUUGGUUCGCAGCGCAUUUACAUGUUAAAUGGAUGGCGGUUGUUGAUCAUGAUAAGUUGAACGAAGAAAGCGAUUUUGAAGUGGAAGAGAAUCUGAACAAAAACCGCUACACGAGAUUCUUGAGUUUGGACAAAGCCCUGCCUCAGCGCGACUUUUUGCAAGUGGUCGAUGUUCCAACGAGACAUUACGCUCCGUACGAAUUCAAAUACGACCCAGAGUGGUUGGCGGUUUUAAGAAAUACCAACGAUCUUAUGUCUCUUACAGUUAACAACACUAGAAUGCCGAUAAAGGGGAUCGACAAGGAUUACGAUCGAUCAGCGUCGCAAGAAGACAUCGAAAUCGUCCGAGCAGACAUGGACUUUACCAUGGAAAUUCCGCGAAACUUCAAAGUCACUGUCGACAUGUACAAUCCCAAAGAGCACUGGAAGCAGCGACCAGUAGAGCUCUUUCGAAAUUCACAAAAUACAGAGUUCUGUCAAAAGCUACGUCUGGUCGAUCCGUUCACGGUUUUCAAAGAAGGCCGUGAUCCGACAAAGCCGAUGGAGGGACCGGAAGAGACGAAUAUUUGGACGGAUCCAAGUGAGAUUCAAUUGGACGACAAUGUUGAAAAAGAGAAAGAUCCAGACGAAAUCGACCUCGAUGACGAUGAUGAAGAUGACGACUGCUGUCGACCAUCGACAUCAAAAGAAGAAGAAUCUUUUGGAAAUAAAGAAGAUCCAAAUGCCGGACUUUCUAUGCCCGCGAUUCAAACGCCAAAAGAACCAGAAAAAGAGGAGCCUUCGAAGAAAGAGGAAGACUCAGAUUCGGACUCUGAUGACGAUGGAGCGCCACAGUCACGGCCAUUCUCACUACCGUUCUCUCUUCCGCCACCUACUAAAGCUCCAGAAGCAGACGUAAAGAUGGAAGAAGAAAACGAAGAAAAGAAAAUUGAAAAGGCCGAAGCUCCAAAAAUGGAAGAAAACGGCGAAAAACCUACCCUGGACUCCGAAAAAGUUCAAAAACCGUCAUUCAAAAGGCGAAAUCAAGCAAUUUACACCGCCGAAGAAGACGACGAUAAUUAG